GAUAGGCGAUCGCCAUUGGGAGAAAAGACAGAAAUCGACGGUUUAUUAUUGAACCAAUGGAUCAAGACGUUGAUCGUGUGAAGGGUCCAUGGCGACCGGAGGAGGACGAGGCAUUGCGGAAGCUUGUGCAGCGCCACGGUCCGAGGAACUGGUCUUUGAUAUCGGGGUCGAUCCCCGGUCGAUCGGGAAAAUCGUGCAGGCUGCGGUGGUGCAACCAGUUGUCGCCUGAAGUGGAGCACCGAUCGUUCACUGCGGAGGAAGAUGAGAUCAUCAUCAUAGCGCACGCCAAGUUCGGAAACAAGUGGGCCACCAUCUCGAGGCUGCUCAACGGUCGUACGGACAACGCCGUUAAAAACCACUGGAACUCGACCUUGAAACGACGACGACCGGACGAGGACAGAGGUUCUGCUCAUGAAUCGGAGAUGCGACCGGGAAAACGCUUGAGAUCCGUUAGUGUCAUCAGUGACCCCGGCAGUCCUUCGGGGUCUGACGUCAGCGAUCUGGGACUGAGCGGCGCCGAGUCGACUCAACUGCAAAAUUCUCGUGCCGUAUCGACUGCGCUUACGCUCGGGCGUUCUUGGAGCGACGAGUUGGUUGAGUCGAACAACGAUAAUACGUGUACGAAUAAACAGCUGUGCUUAUUAGCGGGAAACCGUCAUGGUAGCGGUACAUAUACGGCACCUUUUGGACCUGAGAUCAUGGCCGCAAUGCGGGAGAUGAUUAGGAAAGAAGUGAGAGAUUGCAUGGCAGAGUUUGGAUUCCAGAACGAAAGCUGGGGUUAAAGACGAUUUAAUGAUCUGUUAAUUUUGAAUAAGUGGUCGUUAAACAAGAUUCACCAAACGAAGAUCAAUUUAUUUGGAGGUAGGAGAACCCAGAAAAAUUCGAAGAUUUUUGAUCAAUUUUGACGAACAAAUCAACUGCUUGUGCUUUUGAACUAUUCAAUUUAUUUAUUUUCAAAUUAUUAUUAAAAAGCUUAGGUCUCUUUUCAU